AUGGCUGAAUUUAAUAAGCACGCAAAAACCAGUGUAUGGUGGGAUAUAGAGAACUGUGGUAUUUCGAAAGGAGCCGAACCUGAACAAGUUGUGUCGGGAACCAUUUCAAUGCUUAAAGGAAUCCAUGUAACGAGUGAUAUAUCAAUAGACAUCUAUGGGAAUAUUAAAUCCAAAAUAGUGUCUGGACUCAAAAACUCAUUAAUUACCGUCAAUCACAUCCCUCCUAAUCCUCUGGAUAAUAAAAAUAAAAAAUACAGUGCUGACAAACUCAUUAUAACAAACAUGUUUAAGUGGGCCAUGCAUAAUUCCCUACCCGCUAACCUCGUGUUAGUAUCGAGCGAUGGUGAUUUUUAUUACACCAUUCACAACCUGGGGGGUCAUGGUUACUGUAUUAUUAUAGUUAAGCCUAAACAAGCAGCUAAAUUAUUAACACUCUACGAACUUUGUUUUAUCAUGGAAUAA